AUAAUAAUAAUAAUAAUAAUAAUAAUAAUAAUAACUAUAAAAUAAUUAUAGCAGCAUUGACAAAGUGACUAAAAAGUAAGAAAGCAAUUCAAACCGUGGGUUGGUUGGCAAAAUUUUCCAAGAUCACUAGUACACUAAAAAACCAAUCAUUUUUAUCCAAAAAGCCUGCCUCUAGAUACCUAAAAUACCCCGGGCUAUGGGAUAAAGCUUGAUGUCCAAGGAAGUAACUAUAUCAUCUGUAAACUUACGGUGCAAACCACUGGUCAAACAAAAAAGAAAUAAUAACAAUAAUAUUAGUAAUGAUGACAACAAUAAUUUUAACCAAGGGCAGCCUCUGCUCCUUUGAACACCUGGCGAUCAUCGGACCACCUUUACUUAGCGUGCAUUGCAAUGUAAAUAGCAUAACUAAGAUAUAUAACGUGUUCCUUGAAAACGAACAUUAAUUUUUGCAGAUGAGACACAUUUGCUAGGGAAUCAACUUCACGAUCUUCAAGGUAAUUCAGAUGUCUUGCAUGCUUUCACGUUGGUUAAGUGCACAAAUGUAUGAAAAAAUUUUAGUUAUUUUUUUUGUUAUCCACACUUGCUUAAGCCCACACUCAGAAUGGCUUCAGAAUCGCUAUCUAACAAAAAUUGUUUUUGUGAAGAACCGUGGGAGAUUUGAAAAAGGCGAGCGUAAAGUAAGAGAGCUGGGAUGGAGAAUAAGGAAAGAGAGACAGUUGUCUAAAAGAGAAUGUGUUAGGAACGUGAACUCUCCGUUUUAACGAUUCUUGGGGAGGGGGGGAAUCGGCGCACCAGUUACAAUGACUUUCACUUGAGUCCUUCAUCGAAAAGGAAAUCGUUUCAAAAGGCAGCGAUUUGUGGAAAGAACUGAUAAAUGAUAGGAAACACACGAUGCAAAGUUUUGUCGCUAACUUUCAACGUUUUAUUUUCCUCCUUUUUGUUUUUGCAGCUCGUCAGAAGGUACAAAGCAAAAAUAUGUGGCGACCUGGAAAGAGAGGUGAGAUACCUUUUUUAUCUUAAAUGUAAUUAAUACUGUCGUCAUCGACACUGUUUUUAUCCUGUAUCUUACUGUUAUUGGUUUUAGUAUUUUGUGUGGUUUGUUUCUUGAUGAUGAUAAUAAUAAUAAUAAUAAUAAUAAAAAUAACUAUAAAAUAAUUAUAGCAGCAUUGACAAAGUGACUAAAAAGUAAGAAAGCAAUUCAAACCGUGGGUUGGUUGGCAAAAUUUUCCAAGAUCACUAGUACACUAAAAAACCAAUCAUUUUUAUCCAAAAAGCCUGCCUCUAGAUACCUAAAUACCCCGGGCUAUGGGAUAAAGCUUGAUGUCCAAGGAAGUAACUAUAUCAUCUGUAAACUUACGGUGCAAACCACUGGUCAAACAAAAAAGAAAUAAUAACAAUAAUAUUAGUAAUGAUGACAACAAUAAUUUUAACCAAGGGCAGCCUCUGCUCCUUUGAAUACCUGGCGAUCAUCGGACCACCUUUACUUAGCGUGCAUUGCAAUGUAAAUAGCAUAACUAAGAUAUAUAACGUGUUCCUUGAAAACGAACAUUUAUUUUUGCAGAUGAGACACAUUUGCUAGGGAAUCAACUUCACGAUCUUCAAGGUAAUUCAGAUGUCUUGCAUGCUUUCACGUUGGUUAAGUGCACAAAUGUAUGAAAAAAUUUUAGUUAUUUUUUUUGUUAUCCACACUUGCCUAAGCCCACACUCAGAAUGGCUUCAGAAUCGCUAUCUUACAAAAAUUGUUUUUGUGAAGAACCGUGGGAGAUUUGAAAAAGGCGAGCGUAAAGUAAGAGAGCUGGGAUGGAGAAUAAGGAAAGAGAGACAGUUGUCUAAAAGAGAAUGUGUUAGGAACGUGAACUCUCCGUUUUAACGAUUCUUGGGGAGGGGGGGAAAUCGGCGCACCAGUUACAAUGACUUUCACUUGAGUCCUUCAUCGAAAAGGAAAUCGUUUCAAAAGGCAGCGAUUUGUGGAAAGAACUGAUAAAUGAUAGGAAACACACGAUGCAAAGUUUUGUCGCUAACUUUCAACGUUUUAUUUUCCUCCUUUUUGUUUUUGCAGCUCGUCAGAAAGUACAAAGCAAAAAUAUGUGGCGACCUGGAAAGAGAGGUGAGAUACCUUUUUUAUCUUAAAUGUAAUUAAUACUGUCGUCAUCGACACUGUUUUUAUCCUGUAUCUUACUGUUAUUGGUUUUAGUAUUUUGUGUGGUUUGUUUCUUGAUGAUGAUAAUAAUAAUAAUAAUAAUAAUAAUAAUGAUAAUAAUAAUAAUAAUAAUAAUAAUAAAAAUAACUAUAAAAUAAUUAUAGCAGCAUUGACAAAGUGACUAAAAAGUAAGAAAGCAAUUCAAACCGUGGGUUGGUUGGCAAAAUUUUCCAAGAUCACUAGUACACUAAAAAACCAAUCAUUUUUAUCCAAAAAGCCUACCUCUAGAUACCUAGAUACCCCGGGCUAUCCCGCACGUCUCUUCAACAAAACUAAAGCCCCUACUAUGGAUAAAGUGCGUGGUAAUAUUAAUGGAUUUUCAUUCGCAACUUCUCCGUGUCCGUGCAGAGGACUGAUUAUAAGAUAGUGCCCGUGGUACAGUUGGCCGCGCAUGCUAAAAGUAGCACCUUGUACGGUCGGUUGUACGGCCGUACGGUCGUACGGUCGUACAUCCAAAUUUUUUCGGCUUGAUGGGUUACUACUAUUUUGUAUAAUUAUGGGGCUACGCUCUGCGAGCUCCGCUAUUAGCUUACGGUGUAAACUGUUGGUAAAAAAAAUUAACAAUUGAUCAUUGAUAAUAACUAUAUUUUUUAACCAGGGGCAGUCUCUGGUCCUCUGAACUCAGCGGUCAUCUGGCCGCCUUCGCUUAACGUGCAUUGAUUCAUUACGUGUUCUUUUAAAACAAACAUUACAUUUCCAUUAUAUUUUGCAGAUAAGAUACAAACGUUAGGAUAUCACAAUGCCCAAGGUGAUUCAGAUGUCCCACAUGAUUUUACGCCGGUUAAGUGUACAAGAGUGUGAACAAUUUUUAUUGAUCUUCUUUGUUAUCAACACUUUCCUAAGUCCCAACCACAUUAUGUCGAAGAAUCUUUACAACGCAACUGCCUUUCCUCAGUUGGGACUACCGCUCAGAGUAAUGUGAAUAGAUUCUCCAUCAAAACUGAAAAGGUGCAUUUCGAAAACUUUCUUCAGAGUGAAACUUUAUUUGGGGUUAACCGUUCAUAUAAAACUCCGACUGAAAAGAAAAAAGCUUUUCGAGAAUACUCACGCUAAUGCUUUCAUUUUUCUUGUGUAUGUGUCUUCUCUCUGCGCAUGCCUAAGGGUGCAGCCGAUCAAAUGCCUUCUCGUCGUCAUAGCCUCUCUUUUCUCGCUUCAAUUGCGGUUAUGAGGAUUCCGGGAGCGAAGUAUGAUUUUCACCAGCAAGAGUGGACAUAUUUUUAACUGUCUACUUAAAAGAAACGACUUCAGAAAUAACUGAACUAGAAACAUUGUUAUAUUAAUAUAUUCUGCUUUCCAUUCAAAUCCCUCCCUCCACGUAAGCAAAACAAUUAGUAUGUCUAGUUUCACGGAUUGUUAAUUCGUUAAUUUUUUUUCUGUCUCUUUGCAUGAUUCAGCCUCUUCAGGAUCCAUACCAACUCUAAAUGACCAGUAAGUUUGCCUAAUUUAUACUAAAAAACGCUCCAAACCGCCAUUUUCUAAAGAGUGACCCUCUUGUCAAGAGUGAAGUUUCUAAUAGGCACCCUCUCCCCACCCCCCCACCCCCCCAUAUUAUAAACGAAACUGCUAGUACUUACAUUUUCUUGGGCCAAGUAGCGUUUCAUUGUAAAACAUAUGGGUAUUUGAAGGCCUCUAAAAGUCUUUGUUUUGAAUAUUGAAGGCCUUUCAGUAAGAUUAAUGCUCACUAAAAGGUAUUUAUUCAAGCUGGGUAACAGUCAAAUGAAAUGUUGCGAGCUGCCUUAUGAGGCUUUGAUAAGCACCCUCCCCCAUCCCUCCCUGAAUUUGACAUGAAAUUUUUUAUUUGUUUCCCAGGAAACAAAACGAUCUGGAAACUCAAAUGACAGGUAAGUGAAAUUGCCGUGGAUAUAGUGGAAGUGUUAAACUCAUUCCUUUUUAUUCAAACGACGGCAUGUGAAUUUGAAAAUCAACUUUUUCAAAUUUGAGCGGAGUUCUGUUCUUAAAAACACAUAGGAAACAAAAUUCGUCUUCUUUACUAACUAUCACAAUAUGAGAAUCUUGUAAAAAUAAAUUUGGUGACCAAUUACCAGUAAGUUCAAAACAUCACAACUAGAUUUCUUAAAGAAGGCGCUCGCUCUUUUGACAAUAAUUAGACCCACCCGUCAACAAUCUCGAACGAUCUCCUAAAAUUGCCGAAGGUGUGUCUACGAUCUACUGACAAUCUUUUAAAGAAAGAGAGAUGUGUAGAUGUAGGCUUAAAGAUCCCUUACGUUUUUACCUUUACCUUCACAAUAUCAACAAGCGUUAUGGUUUCAAUCAUCUUACUUUAUUUCAUUUCUUCUUUCUCUGUGCAGGUUUGGGAGGAGUCAGCCCGCCAGUAGCCAAUAUACCUUUCCCAAGACCAGGAAGAAAAAGGUAAUGAUUCCGUGGCGGAUCGUGGAAUUUUCGGGAGGAGAGGUCAAAAGUUACUAAUUACUAAUUAGUUACUAAUUUAAGGGUUGAAAAUGGAAGGGUUGAUUUUAAUUCAGCACAGCGUUGAACGCGCGAUCCUUCUUCCAAGGAUGAAAAUUAAUCCAUCAGAGUAAUGAUGUAACUUGAGUUUUAAAUAAUGUAAAGCGUUAAGAAGUUCCCCACGAACAAAACUUUGACCAAACUCACAACUCUAAAAGAUCGCCCACUUAGCUGCCGCGUUUUUGACCCAGACAUGAUGGGCGACCGCGAGUACUCGUGGAAAAGCUAUUGCUGUGCUCAGAAGCUAUAUUCGGUGUUUCAGUUGUGUUCUAAACAAGCCAUACUUUCGUAAACUAGAUUUAGAUUGUUCUUUAAACUUUUCUACUUCACGACCUUAAAUUAAUUUGUAGUGACAGUACUGUAUUGUAUGAAACUAAUUGUACAACGUUUUCUUGGCUCCCAGGAGAUCAAUGGCUGCCUAAGGUUGAGAGAUGUCCAAAUUUCUUGGUAAGUUAAAAUUUUCAUUUUGGUAUAUUUUUUCUGAUAUUUUUGUUUCUUGAAACGAUAACGUUUCUUUGUGAUAUCAAGUUCCACGGCCGAGUUUUGAAGAUUCUAAAUAGAUCCGUUUCAAUAUUUACAUCAUGAAGACGUCGUUUAACUAUUUUUAGCUGCAACACCUGCCGAGUAUUGCUAUAAAUAUUUAUUUGAGAAACAAAACUGUACACCUCAUCAACCUUUGAAGGAACAAACAUAUAUGUUUUUAUUAAGUCAAAAUUAUUUGCAAUAAUUCUGAUCCACAAAAUAACCUUUCUCUCGUAAUUUUGUCUCUCCUUCUCUCUCAGGCUAAACUACGGACAUGAAAAAGCUUGCAAAAACAUAGUUAAUGAUAAAUACCACACAAACGAAGACCGAAAGUGACGAGGAAUGCAA